AUGGUGAAGGAAACUAUCCGGGUGUAUGCGCGGGUUAAGCCGCUGGGCAGGCGUCAGCAGACGGCGGUUUAUUCAGUUGACAAUGAUGCGACAGCUCUCUCCAGUCUGGAGAUUACCAUGCCACGUGAAUUAGCAGAUGGGUUCGUUAAUAAUAAACGAGAGAGCUACAAGUUCAAAUUUCAGAAAAUUUUUGAUCAAGAGGAAAAACAAGAUGUGGUUUUUGACAGCAUUGCCAAACCAGUAGCAGAAUGUGUUUUGGCAGGAUAUAAUGGCACUAUCUUUGCAUAUGGCCAGACAGGCAGUGGCAAAACUUUUACCAUCACAGGAGGAGCAGAACGUUACAGCGAUCGAGGCAUCAUUCCCAGGACUCUAUCAUAUGUUUUUAAUAAAUUGCAGAAGGAUAGCAGUAAAGUAUAUACAACUCAUGUUUCCUACUUAGAAAUCUACAAUGAAUGUGGUUAUGAUCUGCUGGACCCAAGACAUGAGGCCUCCAGACUGGAAGAUUUGCCAAAAGUUACAAUAAUGGAAGAUGCUGAUCAGAACAUUCAUCUAAAAAACUUGUCUCUUCAGCAAGCAAGCAAUGAAGAAGAAGCCUUAAACCUACUCUUCUUGGGAGACACCAACAGAAUGAUUGCUGAGACACCAAUGAACCAAGCCUCAUCGCGUUCUCACUGCAUUUUCACUAUUCACAUCUCCAGCAAGGAACCAGGAUCCGCAACUAUCCGACGCUCCAAGUUACACUUGGUAGACCUUGCUGGAUCAGAGCGUGUUGCAAAGACUGGAGUUGGAGGUCAUUUAUUGACAGAGGCCAAGUACAUCAACCUGUCAUUACAUUAUUUGGAGCAGGUAAUAAUUGCCCUUGCAGAGAAAAACCGGUCCCACAUUCCUUACCGAAACUCUAUGAUGACCUCAGUGCUAAGAGACAGCCUGGGAGGAAACUGCAUGACUACCAUGAUAGCAACGCUCUCUAUAGACAAAAGAAACAUAGAGGAAUCUAUAUCAACUUGCAGGUUUGCACAGCGAGUUGCUCUUAUUAAGAAUGAAGCUGUUCUCAAUGAAGAAAUUGACCCCAGAUUGAUGAUUGUCCAGCUGCAAAAGGAGAUCCAGGAGCUGAAGGAUGAGCUGGCGCUGGUGACUGGCAAGCAAAGAACAUCAGAGCUUUCACAGGAAGAGCUACUUCAGUUGGAUGAGUUAAUUGAAACAUAUCUUGAAGAUAAUGAUCCUGAUAGCACUCUGGAUGUUGGUGCUGACACACGGAAGAUCAAAUAUUGCUUCAUUCGUGUGAAGCAACUAAUGAAGCAUUCAAAUAUGUCUGACAAACAACUGCUCUCACAACACAUCCCUGAAGAAAAAGAUAUUAAUAAAGAAGCAGCUGAAGAAGAACUGAUAAAACUGAAGGAACUUCUGCAGCAAAGAGACAAUGAAAUCAAUAUUCUGGUAAACAUGCUGAAAAAAGAAAGAAAGAAAUCACAAGAUGCUCUUUUCCAGCUUAAUGCUGCCUCUGCUGGUUCUGCAGCCUUGGAGCAGUCUCUUCUGCUGAAUUUGGAAGAAAGCCAGAGUCCAUCUUGCUGUUUACAAGAGGCAAAAGAUUUUAGCUCUUCUGUUUGCAGUCUACCUUCUCUUCCCAGACAAACAGAAGGAAAGAUGUCUCUUGGAUAUCAGGAAGCUUUUGAACUGUUCAAGCGGAACCAUGCUGACAAUAUAACCAUUGAUGACAACAAACAGCUUCUGAAACAGAGGUUUGCUGAAGCUAAAUGCCUUGGAGAAAAAUUAAAUGAAGUGAGAAAUAAAAUAAACCAUCUGAAAGGAGAAAUUACCCAGAGGCGCAUUCAGAGGGCAGCUCUAGCUAUCUCCAGUCCUCCUGAAGAGCUAAAUACUCUUGAUCCAGUAGAAGAGAAACUUCGAACGCAAAUGGAAGAAGAAAAAAAAUGUUAUAAAACAAUGUUUGAUCGCUUGAAAGGACUGAAGAUAGAGACUGAGCAUCUACAGCUUCUUAUGGACAAAUGCAAGACGAAGCUGCAAAAGGACUUUGAAGUCUGGUGGUCUCAAGAGGCAGUAAAUCUGCAGACCCAGCAGGAAAAGCCAGAGACGCUUAGCUCACCAAAUACUGCACCUGUUUAUCCCCAGCUUAUCGAAUCCUCACAACAUCUGUCAACUGACAGGACCCCACCAAAUUCAAGUACAUCUAUUCCUCUAACUGGAGACAACCAGGCUGAUGCUGACAUCCUAGCUUUCAUUAAAGCAAGACAGAACAUUCUGCAAAAGAAAGGCUUGGGAAACAAAUGAAAUUCUUCUUGCAGUCCACUAUUUCCAUCUAGAAACAGUUGAAGGCCUUUAUUUUUUCCCUUCCUCUUCUUUUUAGAAACAGGUAUGCAUAAAUACUUCAGUUGUGCAGGUUUAAUUGGUAAAGGUAUAGAAAUUAUAUGUCCUUGGCUGCAAAAUCUAUUGCUCCAAAGAAUUACACUUGAAUACUCACACUCAGGGUCUUCAGCUUGUAUUUAAGAUUAAGCAAAACUAAAAUAACCAGUCAAGAAUUUGCCAAGUAUGUUUGUUUAUUGAGAAUUCAUUAUAUGUAUUCUAAAUGUUAAAAAUAGCUAAUGUAUUAAUACUCUUCUACAUCUUUAAUCUGAGGAGGAGCCUAUUAGCACUGAUGGUAUAUCUGUUUGCAACAAUUUGCAUCAAGAUAAAAUAAUUACAUCCAGCUGGCAUCUAUGCAAAGCCAAUAUUUUGCUGGGUUGCAAAGUUCUAUACAGUUUGAUCUGAGACCUUUUGCUGAUUAUUUCUUUUCCCCAAGGAAUGACACUCAAUAAAGGUAAAACAACAAAGGGCAGAUACUUAGAAAACACAAAUGAGAUGAGAAAAUGUAAAUGUGGUUAGAUCAAUGCAAGAUCACUGCUGAUUCCAUACUACCUAUUUUACACCAAAAAAAGUAAAAAUGCAGUAAAAUACAGUCUAUUUCUCUCACAUAUCCAUAGUUCCAGAUUGAAGUCAUCAUUUUUCAUGCCAGUGAUAAGCUUAUCGUCAUGUAAAUGUGGUUAGAUCAAUGCAAGAUCACUGCUGAUUCCAUACUACCUAUUUUACACUUCAGAAUAAAACAAGUGUAAAAAUGCAGUAAAAUACAGUCUAUUUCUCUCAGAUAUCCAUAGUUCCAGAUUGAAGUCAUCAUUUUUCAUGCUAGUGAUAAGCUUAUAGUCAUGUAAAUGUGGUUAGGUCAAUGCAAGAUCACUGCUGAUUCCAUACUACCUAUUUUACACUUCAGAAUAAACCAAAUGUAAACAUGCAGUAAAAUAUAGUUUGUUUCUCUCAGAUAUCCAUAGUUCCAGAUUGAAAUCAUCAUUUUUCAUGCCUGUGAUAAGGUUAUAGUCGUGCAUUUGAAAGAGUUUGGGUUGUUCACAUUAAAAUACAGCAAUACAUUGUCAGAAGUUACAUAUUACUCUUAAGGAUGUGUGUUUCCUUAUGUUCUUGAUACUUAGCUCUGUGGUAAAUUCAUAGUUAUUCAGGAGUCGAGGUGAAUCAGCAUGUUUAAGUCUACCAGAGGUAUCUGCUUAUCAAAUUAACAACUGAGAAACAAAUGGUUAAGGAAUAUUGCAGUGAUACCUUUUUGAUUUUAAUUUUAACUUUCUGUAACAGUCAGCACAGCCAGCACAGAAACUGUAAGCUUUCUGCAGGAUUUAGAAUGUACAAGGUGAGGUAAAAUUCAGAUCUACUUUUGCUUUGGGAAGAGAAAGUGCAAGGAUUUGAUCAGAGGUGGGAAAGGCCAGACUCUUCCCCCUUUUGUACAUCUGCUUUGUUGGAGAUUACAUUAAAAUGUCCUUCUGCCAGAA